CUACUCCUCCUCUCCUCUGCGCCUCAAAAGCGUGAUCCAUGGUGCGAAAGCCUUCCUUUCUCCGUUUUUCUUCAGGAUGGCAUUCUUCAAAUAUCUUCGCUCCGUUAAGAAUGAGCUGAUCCUCUUUUCAACUCCAUUUAUUCUCCUUCCACUGCCUCUAGUGAUCGGAACACCGGUAUGUACCCUAAUUUAUUUAGACCAAACAAAAAGAUUUAAUUAUUUUUAACUUUUUUGUGUGAUUUUAAAUGUCCAAAAUGUGGUAACAUCUGUUUAAGUGCGCAUGGAUAACUUUGGAUUCCGUUUGGAAAUGCAAAAUAAGUUCAAUUAAGGAUCAUUAAGGUUUGUUUUCAUCCAGUUUUCACAAAUAAAUUGAUUAAAUUGUCGACAAUAUGUCGCACAGCUGAUAUUAUUCCCCUAACAACAGUGAUUUGCUCCAACUCUCUCAUGCACCUGUUGCAAACAAGCGCGCACGACGCACCAGCAGCAAAAUGCAUGAGAACUGCGCCGUGUUGCCCGAGGCAUGAACCCGCCAACUCUUGUUAUUAUAACUCCUUUUUGUUAACACGAGGGGUCAUGUCCAGCGUGGGAACACCGAGUCGAAGGGCUCCGUCCACGUCGCAACCGCUACAUGUGCAUAGAGACAUGCAAGCGUCUGUAAGCAUGUUAUUAUAACCGCAGACUGCAAUGCAAAGCAGCCAUGAAUGAGGGGUGCACCAGGAGGAAUAGGGGGUAACAUGCUAUCCCAAACUUGAGGAUUCUCUGCCUGUAUGCCAAAAGUUGAGACAAAAGAAGUUUUGUGAUUUAAAGUCAACAUAACAUCUCUGACAUAAUGAAAGGUGUCAAAAAAAAAAGUUAAUUUAAUUGGUUUAGAGGAGCAAAACACAAAAAAUGAUAUAAUGAGGAUAUAUAUGGGCAUUUAUAGAUCUUUGAAAGAUGAUCCAAGCAAAUGUUCAAACAGGUGACAAGACAGCAGAAAAACAAGUGCUGUUAUCUUUACCCUUUGAACCAUCAUAACACCCCAUCAAAAAUUAUGUAAUACUGUUUGAGUGGAGAAGAUGCUUUCAGGCUUUGUUUCCUUGGCUUUCCUCCAGAUAUGAUCUUGACCCCUUAAAGUGAGGUGAGGUGAGUGAAUUCACCCAUGUCUUUUUAUGCAGGAGGCAGAAUGUGCCUACGUGAUCAUCCUGAUGGCGGUUUACUGGUGCACAGAGGUCCUUCCUCUGGCUGUCACAGCUCUGCUCCCGGCCCUCCUGUUCCCCCUGUUCGGCAUCAUGCAGUCCAAAGAUGUGAGUACAAUAACUGAAACAGAGUGUUGAAAUACCCCGGCAUUGAGGAACAUCUGCUCACACACACACGCACACACAUCUUUCCCUGCAUCCUCAGGUGUGUAUGCAGUACCUGAAGGACACAAACCUGUUGUUUGUUGGGGGACUUAUGGUUGCAGUGGCAGUGGAGCACUGGAAUCUACACAAGCGUAUCGCCCUGAGGGUGCUGCUCUUUGUUGGUGUGCGUCCAGCGCUGUGAGUGCCGCAAAUGCACACACCCCCACAGCAGAUUAGCAGUGUGGAUUGCCGUCCUUUGGCUCACUCUUUCAAGCUUAUCUAAUCAACCAUACCGUCAAAGACAUCAUAUAUAGAUGUAGAGACCGAUUUAAUUUUUUACUGCGCCAUAAAGCCUUUCCUUUUCUCUGUUUUAUUAUUAUAGUUGGUUGUAAAAUGCUUGCAAUCACCUCUUCCUAUCUCAGAUUGCUAACACUUGUUACUUUUCUUUUUUUUUUUUACUUUUCCUGAAAGUUUAAUGUUGGGUUUCAUGGGUGUCACGGCCUUCUUGUCCAUGUGGAUCAGCAACACAGCAACAACAGCCAUGAUGGUGCCUAUUGUCCAAGCAGUGCUGGAGCAGUUGAGCAACAGCGACGCAGAGUUUCCUCAGAUUCUCAGCUCAGAUGAGCAGGUCCAGAUAUCAGAAACUGAUACUAAACAGCCUCCGCAGACAGAGAAACAGAGUGAUGGACAAGGUAUGUUAUAGUCAUAGUCACACUGUUCAAUGUUAUGCUUAUGUUGCAAGAAACUAAACAGCCUAACGGGUGCUUUAAAAUCCACAAACCUAUAGUAGUAGUAGUAGCUCUUUUUGUUUUGUGUUUAAAGGUCCAUUGGUGGUGACUUUCUUGGACGCAACGGCAGAGGCUGCCAGGCAUAAGGAGGCGGCCGAAAGGCGGAAAAUGUGUAAGGGGAUGACCCUGUGUGUUUGUUACGCUGCCAGCAUUGGAGGCACUGCCACACUCACAGGAACUGGUCCCAAUCUGGUUCUGAAGGGCCAGAUGAACCAGUGAGUGUUUCCUCAAAGUGUUGUUUUAUUCCAUCCUCUAGCUUAGGUCUUGUACUUAAAAGUCUCUCGUUGUUGUUUUCCUCAGACUCUUUCCUGAUAAUGGAGAUGUGAUUAACUUCGCCUCCUGGUUCGGCUUCGCCUUCCCCAACAUGAUCCUUAUGCUCACGUUGGCCUGGCUUUGGCUGCAGUUUGUCUUUAUGGGAUUCAAGUGAGUUUGGUGAUGGUCAAAGCCUAAUUAUAGUGACAGACUUGAAUCGGCAUCAAGAGGCUUUUACCGCAUCAGGAGUGUGUUUGAAUGGAGAGGUGACACAAAGAUCUUUUCUCAUGUGAUCCCUCAGCUUUAAGAAGACAUGGGGCUGUGGGGCUGUGAAGACUGAGAAGGAUAUCGCUGCCUACAAUGUCAUCAGAGAGCAGCAUCGACUGCUGGGGCCCAUGUCCUUCGGAGAGAUCAGUGUCCUGGGUCUUUUUGUUCUGCUGGUGUUGAUGUGGUUCUCCAGAGACCCGGGUUUUGUUCAAGGCUGGGCUACAGAUAUCUUCAACUCCAAAGCAGAGUUUGUACACAAGUUCUUCUACUUCUACUUAUCUUUGCUCACAUUAUUUUCACUUUGAUUUGCUUUGAUGCCACUGUCAUUUAAUCAAGUUUGCUCCAUUUGACAGGUAUGUGACGGACGCCACUGUGGCCAUCUUUAUCGCCAUUCUUCUUUUUGUUCUGCCCGCAAAACCUCCACGGUUCUGUUCACGGAGGUCAAACAGUUUCGACACAGGUGAGCUAUCAUCAUCAUCCCAGGAGAAAACAUUUCCAUAUCAUACAGUUAUUACUUGGGUGGCACUGUGCAGUAAUUCAGUACUCACUCUGGAUUUGUUGGAUCUGUAGUCCCCCGUCAAACUUCUGGCCCAACUCCACGUCUCCUCACAUGGAAAGUUGCCCAGAAGAAGUUACCCUGGGGCAUCGUGCUUCUUCUUGGAGGGGGUUUUGCUCUGGCAAAGGGCAGCGAAGUAAGUGGAAGUGCCAGUGAUUAUGUAAAUGGGGAAUGGGUCUUCGAGCUGAAAUGUCAAGUAUUUCUAAUGUGUCUUUGGUGUAUUCACAGUAAAUAAUUAUCUUUAUUAGUUUUUGUUUGCUAGAGGGGAAGUCAGUCAUUGUCUACCUUUCAACAAAGGAUUCCCCUGAAAUGGUGCUGCAUUUUUCCAGUGUUUUUACCAAUCUUCAUACCUUUGUUAUCAUAUUUAAUAUAGAGUCGAUUAUUUAACUUUAUAUUCCCUUGUCCUGCUCAUUCAAAUGUUCCCCAGAGUGGUCUCCUUUUGUUUCACUCCUGUAUUUCUCCCUGAAUACACCUCUGGGUGAAAUUUGAAAUUGUGCCCGAUGUAAAAACCUGAAUUAGAGCAUCCUCGCACUAAAUGAGCCGUUAAGUCGGCUGAUGAUGAUGAUCAGCUGGGAAGAAUACUGUGUACAUAUUCAGAGGAGACUUUAAACCUGCAUAUGUUUAUGCUCUUUGUAGGUAUCGGGCCUCUCAAAGUGGAUGGGAGAUCAAAUGACCCCCCUGCAAACCAUCCCUCCCUGGGCGAUAGCUAUCAUCUUGUGCCUGCUGAUUGCUACCUUCACAGAGUGUACUAGUAAUGUGGCAACAGCGACGCUCUUCCUACCUGUCUUGGCCUCAAUGGUAAGUUUUCUGGGAGAAAGUGAAAUGAGUGUAGGAUCUCAGACUGCAAGAGACCCACAAUUAUGUUCGGCAGCAGUGGUUCAGUGAGGUGAAGUGCUACAUAGUGUGAUUUCUUUUGAACUGAUGUCCCUGACUGGAAUCCAGCAUUGAAACUACUUCCGGGAGAGCCGACCCAUUGUCCCUUGUUUGGUUACCCAUCUAGCUGGUCAUUCAGGCUGAAUAUGUUUGGUCCCCUUACCCGGGCCCCUCCUCCCAUUAAUAACCUGCCAAACACACCAAUUCAGCCCAGUGCCUUGUAAUGCUGCCCACCCCGCUGCUGCUGAAGAAUGGCAUUACUGUGCCGGCUAGCUGAGCACUCGAAAGAACGCCAAAGCUGGGUCGUGAAAGACGGUGCCAAGCAGGGGUAUUCAGACAGAUAUUUAUGGGGGACGGAUCCAAGUGGGUGCCCAAGGGUGUCCAACCCUCGUGUGAACAUAGAGAAAGAAAGAAAAGGGAGCGAGAAAAGAACAUCUGAUCAGUUACACGAAGCAAGAGAAAGAGGGGAAAUGACACUUAGUGGUAGUCAUGGGUUGUGGUAUGUCACUGUAUGUGUAAGACUGUCAAGAGAAGCUUUAGCGUUUGAUUUAAACAAACCCAUCAGACACUGUUAUUGUAGUGUCACUGUCAUUAUCACUGCUGCCAGCUGAUGUACAGCCUAACCGUUUAAAGAGGACUAACUAUGAAGUUUAAGUCUAUUCACCCAUUGUUUAUUUUGAGAACUAGAAAUUACUGUGCACUUGUAAGCAGCUGUGCUUUGGGAUGUGUAAUUCUGAAGCAAAUUCCAGAGUAAUGUUUUCUUCAUCUGAGUAGUCUGCCAUUAUCGCAACACAUGUAGUGCUUUUCUAUUUUAGAUACCAUGACUCAGCCCAAAGCUUGCAGGAAUUACAUCUAAAUUACACCCACCUAAUGAGAGUUUUCACUCUGCGCAGAAUUGCACACAUUUCACUCUGAGUUAUGAGUCAGUGAUUACGGUCGCAGAAAGAUAGCCAGAUGGAGGAGGGGUGGAUUUGUUAUCAAGGUCAUGUUCAUCCCUGUCUCAGACUGUUGAAUCUUUCUGUGUCAUUAUUGCAGUCUCAGUCCAUUGGGAUGAAUCCACUCUACGUCAUGGUGCCUUGUACUCUGAGUGCCUCUUUCGCCUUCAUGCUGCCUGUUGCUACGCCACCAAAUGCUAUAGUCUUCUCCUACGGGUACCUCAAGGUUGCUGACAUGGUGAGUAUGGCUGUGGUUUGUUGUGUUUGAACGGGAAAUUAUAAGUUAACGUAUAAAGUGGUCGGUUUGGGGUCGCUGUCGCACUGUGAGGACAGCUGAUCUAUGUGUUGUCUACAUUUCACACAUUUUCACAACAUCUCAUGAGUCCCUAUAAAUCGACAACUUGAAAGUAAAUUUCUGGAGGUGAAUAAAACACUACUUUUAGCCUCCCAGCUAGACUAAUGAGCUGGAUGCAUUAGCUUUGAAUGAUAGAAAAGGGUUGUAUCGGUUGUCUCCGGUAAGGCCAUAAACUGCUGCUAUCGUAUUAACUCUAAUUAUUAACUCUUUUUUUUCCAUCAGGCCAGAACAGGAAUAGUCAUGAACAUCAUCGGCAUCAUUUGUAUUACACUGGCCAUAAACAGCUGGGGCAAGGCCAUGUUUGACCUGGACACCUUCCCCACCUGGGCUAACGUCACAGGGGUAUGAGCCUGGAUCGGCCGUAGGAGAUGGUCCAACGUGACCUGCACUCCCUCUCAACAUGCACCAGACGAAGACCACUGGUCAGAGCCGCAGCUCAGCACCACACGGUGGACUGCAUGCACCUGAUUGCUGCUAGAUUACAAGCCCCUCUAUGCUUGUUUUCAUUGACACCUGUGAAUUGCUUGGUAAAAGAGGGUGGCGAUAAUUUGGUUGAGAGUGAAAGAAGAGUGAGGAGAAUGAAAUCAAAUGUUUUUUUAUUUAGCUUGUAUUUAUAUUUUUAAAUAGACAUUUAAUCCUCUUCAGCAGCCCCUCUUAGCAAACCAUCUGAUUCCACUCUGUUAGGGUAAAGGCAAUCAAAGGAGGAAUAAAUCACAAGGUCAAAGCUAUUGGAAAUGUUUUAGAUAGUCGCAUGUAGCUACAUCUAAAUAGAUAUGAGCAAUAAGGUUCAAUAGAAUUACUGCACAUUUACUCAAAAGCUGCUCAAAGGCUUAUUUUUCUUAACUUUAUUUUGGGGAGAUUUUAACUUCACUGUAUUAUAAUUUUGAGGGUCUUUUUCGCUUAAUGCUUACCUGGCAGUUUCAUAUUUAUUAAUAUGACACAUCACUUAAUGAACUACACAACUCCUAAUGGAAUUGACCCCUUCUGAAUCAGACAAGGUAAAAUAAUUUUUAAGUAUCGCAUCACGAGUGCUUUAAUAUUUAUGCUUUAUGCUUCUCUCAAGUUAAAAUGUUAGAUGCUGGAUUUAUGACUGUUUUUCACUUUAGAUUUUCUUUUUUCAUAGAGAUAAAAUGAUAAACAUUGAUUUAAUAGGUACAGUAGAGCAGUAAUUUGACUAAAGUAAACAUUCUCGCCCUCUAUGGAUCCAAAUUGACCCUUUUAUCGACCCGUAUCAGAUCUGAUGGUGAUGUGUUCAGCAUCAGUUGAACUUUGAAUCGUGUCAUCACUACACAGCAAAAACAUACAGUGCCUUAUAUGCAAACUACACUGUGCUGUAAACACUGUUUUUCAAACUGUAGAUCAAUACUUUUUAUGCUGGAAUUGCAAUAAUGAUUUCUGUUUGAAAUACAAUAAAUGUUUUUGUAGGAAACGA